CUCCGCUCCUGAAUUCUAGGAGGAGCUUCCUUGCCUCCUGCAAAGCCCUUUUCCCUGCAAGCUCUUCCUCUGGUUUCUGGCCAAGGGAGGGAGAUGCUCAGAGUCCAGCCAAGAGCCUCACCCCCAAAAGGAUAUCUGGGCAUUGGCAUAGCCAGGGGGGCAGCUGCCCCCUUAAUCCAUAAAAAAUAAUAGAAAUCUGAGGUUCUGCCAAGCGAGAGAGGGCUGAGCUGGAGGGACUCGGCUUGGCAAGGGUUAAAGGGAAGUGAGCUGCCUUCCUAGAGAGGCCAGGAAGCAAGAGGGGGCCAGGUCCUCCAGAGCCAAGGCCCCUCCCUCCCCAGUCCUUUCCUUGCUUUGGGGUCUCUCCUGCAAGGGCUGCCUCGCUGUCCCCUCCUGGGAUCUGGAUUUCCUAGAGCUUUUCAUUACGACAGACAGAACUUGUCAGAAGACCAAAGGGUUCCUUCUGAUCUCUCAGAGGCUUCCUGAGAGCACAAAUGGAUGAGCAAGAUUCAGCUGGCCCUGGAACAGGAAGAGGCCAUGCCAGCCAAACUGGGAGCAGUGGGAGAUUCUGGGAAAACCCAGUGCAGAAGAUCCUGGGGGAGGAGGACACCCUCCGCUCAGAGGUGCAGAGCCAGCAGUUGAGGCAGUUCUGCUGCCAGGAGGCCAAAGGACCCCGAGAGGUUUGCAGUCAACUCUACCACUUUUGCCACCAGUGGCUGAAGCCAGAAAGGCACACGAAAGCUAAGAUGCUGGACCUGGUGAUCUUGGAGCAGUUCCUGGCUGUGCUUCCCCUGGAGAUGGAGAGCUGGGUGAGGGAAUGCGGAGCGGAGACCAGUUCCCAGGCGGUGGCCCUGGCCGAAGGUUUCCUCCUGAGCCAGGCAGAGGAGAGAAAGCAGGCAUCUAUGGAAUGA